AUGCUCCAAACGAAGAAGUACAAGCGUGUAAAAGAGGUCAAGGAAGAAACUAGUGCUAGUGAAAGUGAAGAAUCGGCGAACGAUGCAUCCUCCGAAGAAACUGAAGACGAAUAUGAAAUCGGCAAAAUUGUGGACAACACUCAAAAUGGCGGAAAUGUACAAGCAGACCUCAGUUUAAAAUUUGUUAAUACGUGGAAAAUGGUAAAGUGUGAGCUAGACACGGGUGCCAAUACCAGUCUGAUCGGUCGCGAGUGUUUAAUGGAGCUCAAUGAACAAACAAAUCCGAUUCUGCUUCCUUCUAAAUUUCGCCUACAGAGCUUUGGAGGUCAUCCGAUAAAAGUACUCGGACAAGUGAAGAUUCCUUGUCGUCGUUUGGGUCGAAGAUAUACGCUGGUAUUACAAGUGGUUGAAGGUGACCAUCGUCCUCUGCUUUCAGCUAAAGCGUCCAAAGUUCUGGGAUUUGUCAAGUUCUGCAAAGCGGUUACCUUCGAACCUGCAAAGUCAGUCAAGUCAUCGCGCGCACUGUUGAAUAUCUAUCGAGUAAAAGCGCAAACAAUAGUGGAGGCCCACGAUGAGAUCUUUGUUGGUUACGGAAAACUACCAGGAACAGUCUCUUUGGAAGUGGACCAUAGCGUUCCCCCAUGUAUCCAGCCACCACGCAGAGUGCCUAUAGCUAUGCGUGAGAAGUUGAAGAAAGAGUUGGAAAUACUUGAAAAGGAAGGCCUGAUCAUCAAAGAGUCUAAACAUACGGACUGGGUCAGUAACGUCGUCAUUGUUCAACGCGGUAGUCCGGAAGCAACCAGCAUAAGAAUCUGCUUGGAUCCGAUACCGCUCAACAAGGCACUUAAACGACCACAUCUGCAAUUCGUGACGCUCGACGAAAUUCUUCCGGAAUUAGAUAAAGCUAAAGUGUUCUCAACUGUAGAUGCCAAGAAAGGAUUCUGGCAUGUGGUACUAGACGAGCCUAGUAGCAAAUUAACAACAUUCUGGACACCAUUUGGUCGCUACCGGUGGACUCGUUUGCCAUUUGGAAUCGCUCCUGCUCCAGAAAUCUUCCAAAUGCGACUCCAGGAAGUCAUACAAGGGCUUAAAGGAGUAGAGUGCAUCGCAGACGAUUUGCUAGUCUACGGAACAGGCGACAGUUUAGAGGAGGCUCUUAUCGAUCACAAUAAUUGCCUGGAAAUGCUUUUGACCCGUUUAGAAGAACACAACGCAUAA